AUGAGAAGGCAACUCCGAUCCAGAAGGGCUCCAGUCUUUCCUUACGGUUAUGGCUACAGACUUGAUGAUCAGGAUGAAGUGAAUCAGAACUACUUAGCAGAUGAAGAGGAGGAAGCAGAAGAAGAGGCUCGGGUGGUGAUGGCACUUGAAUUGGAGGAAGAAGAAGAUGAGGAGGAGAAAGAAGAGGAGGAAGAAGAAGAAAAGGAGAAAAAAGAGGAAGAAGGGGGUCAGGGUCAGCCAACAGGCAAUACCUGGUGGCAGAAAGUGCAGAUCUUGAAUGAAUACUUAUGGGAUCCAGAGAGAAGGAUGUCUCUGUCCCAAACAGGUCAGAGUUGGAGAAUGAUUUUAGUCAUUUACUUCUUCUUCUAUGCCUCCCUGGCUGCUGUGAUCACUGUCUGCAUGUACAUGCUCUUUCUGACCAUCAGUCCUUACAUGCCGACCUUCACUGAGAGGAUGAAGCCUGACUUGUUUUCAUUGCCAGGAGUUAUGAUCAGACCCUUCGCUCAUAGCCUUAAUUUCAACUUCAACGUUUCUGAACCUGACACUUGGCAGCAUUAUGUGAUUAGCCUAAAUGGCUUUCUCCAGGGCUAUAAUGACAGUCUUCAAGAGGAAAUGAAUGUAGAUUGCCCACCAGGACAGUACUUCAUCCAAGAUGGAGAUGAAGAUGAGGACAAGAAGGCCUGUCAGUUUAAGCGUUCCUUCCUGAAGAACUGCUCUGGUCUGGAGGACCCCACUUUUGGAUACUCUACUGGACAGCCUUGCAUUCUUCUAAAGAUGAACCGGAUUGUAGGCUUUCGUCCUGAGUUUGGAGAUCCAGUGAAGGUUUCCUGCAAAGUUCAGAGAGGUGACGAAAAUGACAUUCGAUCCAUCAAUUACUACCCAGAGUCGGCUUCUUUUGACCUCCGUUACUAUCCUUACUAUGGUAAACUGACUCAUGUUAACUACACCUCGCCCCUGGUUGCAAUGCACUUUACUGAUGUAGUGAAGAACCAAGUGGUGCCUGUGCAGUGCCAGCUGAAGGGCAAAGGCAUCAUAAAUGAUGUCAUCAAUGAUCGUUUUGUGGGUAGAGUAAUCUUUACCCUGAACAUAGAAACUUAA